GUAUCUUGGUAAUGAUAAACUGCCACUAUUUGUUACCGUUCACGGACACAGCACAGCGAAGGAAAAUAGCGAUUUCUCUCACAUUUGCUCUUUCUUUCCCUUUUUCCCCUCUGUCCUCGUGCGCUUCCUCCCAACAAUUCGCUCUUCGGUUUGGACCUCAAUACCUGUCUCUGAAUAAAACAACUAAACUCACAGAUCUUCUUCCCAACCCUCAUUUUUUUUUCACGAAGCGGCGUUUUUAUUGGCCAUAAAUCACAUGAUUCAUUUCAUUGCAUUUCUUCUCUCAUCUUCUCCUCCUGGUGCGUCUUCCAAACCCUAUCAAAUCCCUCAUUUCAAAUUUUUCUUCUCAACCUCAAUGUUUCGCUUCCCUUUUUGAAUCAGAUUUCUUUCUUUCUUUUCUUAGACCAGAUUAAAUAAAAAUGAUUAAUGUAUGUCUCGGUUUCUGUUGCCCAAGGUGACAUGAUGCCUCCAUGUUUGUCAAUUUGAGUGAAGAUCUUCGUCUUAGCUCGCAAUUAUGUAUUGUGUUUUUUUUUUUUGGGAAUUAUGAAGCUGUUAAAUUCACGUUUUUUGGGGUUAAAUUUGCACGUUCUGAAUUCAUUUUUCAAUCAACGUUUCUCCUUUCAAUGGUUAGUUAGCACCUAAGAAUACAGACUGAAUGCGAAUAAUGGAUGUUGCUGAGGUUGAAGAAAGUUUUUUUGCAGCAAGCGAUGCCAAGUUACAUGGAGAAAUGUGCAAGUGUCUGUCUGCAAUAUACUGCAAGAUAUUGUCAUUAUUUCCUUCUUUAGAAGCAGCUAGGCCUAGGAGCAAAUCUGGAAUUCAGGCAUUAUGUUCAUUGCAUGUAGCCUUAGAAAAGGCAAAGAAUGUUCUUCAGCACUGCUCAGAGUGUAGUAAACUUUACUUGGCUAUAACUGGGGAUUCUGUUCUGCUAAAAUUUGAGAAGGCUAAAUGUGCUCUUGGGGACAGUCUUAAACGGGUGGAAGAUAUUGUUCCUCAAUCUAUUGGUUGUCAGAUUGACGAAAUUGUGAAAGAACUUGCAAGUACGGUAUUUGCACUUGACCCAUCAGAGAAGCAAGUUGGGGAUGAUUUAAUUGCAUUGCUUCAGCAGGGAAGAAAGUUUAGUGACUCUAAUGAUAGUAAUGAACUUGAAUGUUUUCAUCUGGCUGCUACUAGACUUGGAAUCACUUCUUCAAGAACAGCUCUUACAGAAAGAAGAGCUCUAAAAAAACUCAUAGAAAGGGCUCGUGCUGAGGAAGACAAGCGGAAAGAAUCAAUUAUUGCUUUUCUUUUACACCUUAUGAGGAAAUAUUCCAAGUUAUUUAGAAGUGAGUUUUCUGAUGACAAUGAUUCUCAGGGUUCUCAACCUUGUUCUCCCACUGUUCAGAGAUCUCUUGAGGAUGGCAUUCCCGGUGGUCAUUGUCAUGCCUUUGACAGACAGCUUUCAAAACUUAGUUCCUUUAAUUUUAAGCCAAAUAAUAGGAAAUCAGGGCAGAUGCUCCUUCCGCCAGAAGAGUUAAGGUGCCCAAUAUCUCUGCAACUUAUGAGUGAUCCUGUUAUAAUUGCUUCUGGGCAAACAUAUGAAAGGGUUUGUAUAGAGAAAUGGUUCAGAGAUGGGCACAACACCUGCCCAAAGACUCAACAGAAACUUUCACAUCUUUGUUUGACUCCUAAUUACUGUGUUAAGGGUCUUGUAGCUAGUUGGUGUGAACAGAAUGGAGUUCCUAUUCCUGAAGGCCCUCCUGAAUCUCUUGAUUUUAACUACUGGAGAUUGGCAUUAUCAGACACUGAAUCCACAAAUUCAAGAUCCGUAAACAGUGUUGGCUCUUGCAAGUUGAAGGGUGUCAAAGUUGUUCCUGUAGAAGAGAGUGGUAUCUCAGAGCAAAUGGGGGGAAAUGCUACUGAAAGUUUUUCUGCGCAAGAGGAAGAUAAUGAACAGUAUGUUAGUUUUCUUAAAGUCUUGACAGAAGGGAACAAUUGGAAGAGGAAGUGUAAAGUGGUUGAACAGUUGAGGCUGUUGCUGCGGGAUGAUGAGGAAGCCAGGAUUUUUAUGGGGGCCAAUGGAUUUGUUGAAGCACUUAUGCAGUUUCUGCAAUCAGCUGUGCAUGAAGCGAAUGCGAUGGCUCUUGAAAUUGGUGCCAUGGCUCUGUUCAACCUGGCUGUGAAUAACAAUAGAAAUAAGGAAAUUAUGAUAUCAACAGGAAUCUUGUCGUUGUUGGAGGAAAUGAUUUCAAAAACUAGUUCCUACGGUUGUGCAGUUGCCCUGUAUCUGAAUCUUUCUUGCCUCGAUAAAGCCAAGCAUAUGAUUGGCACAAGUCAGGCUGUCCAGUUCCUAAUCCAGAUUCUUGAAGCCAAGACAGAAGUCCAGUGCAAGAUAGAUUCCCUCCAUGCACUCUAUAACCUUUCUACUGUGCCCUCAAAUAUUCCAAACCUCCUUUCGUCUGGCAUCAUGGAUGGCCUACAAUCCCUUCUUGUAGACCAGGGUGAUUGCAUGUGGACAGAAAAAUGCAUAGCUGUUUUGAUAAAUUUGGCGGUUUAUCAAGCAGGAAGAGAGAAAAUGAUGUUGGCUCCUGGACUUAUAAGUGCCUUGGCUUCCACACUAGAUACCGGUGAGCCCAUAGAGCAGGAACAAGCUGCUUCUUGUCUCCUAAUUUUGUGUAACAGGAGUGAGGAAUGUUGUCAGAUGGUCCUGCAAGAAGGGGUUAUACCUGCAUUGGUGUCAAUAUCAGUGAAUGGGACCUCGAGAGGAAGAGAGAAGGCUCAGAAGCUCUUGAUGGUCUUCAGAGAGCAGCGACAACGAGACCAUUCUCCUGUUAAGAUUGAUCAACCUGAAUCCGAAAGUAGUGAUUUGUCUAUGCCUCCUCCUGACACCAAACCGCUAUCUAAAACAAUAUCUAGAAGAAAGGUGGUGGGGAAAGCUUUUAGCUUUCUCUGGAAAAGCAAGAGCUAUUCUGUUUACCAGUGUUAAGUUUCAUGUAAAUUUCUGUUUGAUUCUUAACUUUUCUGGCCUUGCUUUUCACUCUCUCACCCGUUCUUUCGGGUGCUGCUUACUUUUUGGUUCCCAAAGAAGAGAUGUACAGUCAUAUGUAAUUUAUGGAUGUUUUUUACCUGACCCUUCCCUCUUUGUAUAUCAAUCUCUCAUAAAUGUUUUUGUUCGUUUUUUGGGUGGGAGAGGGGUGUUUUCAUUUCUACGAGCUUCAUGUGUUAGAUUUCCCUUAUGAAGGUUGAGGUAAAUGUGAAGUCUGUUGCAUGUUA